AUGUCGUCCACAUCCCCCGACCAGAAGCUCCAGGCUGUCCUCCCCGACGCCGUGGCCGAUAAGAUCCCCCACAUCCCAGAAAGCAAGGAGGAGCUCAAGGCGGACGCCAAGGCGGCGGCUUCGACGGGCUUGGCCCAAGUACGGUCCUUUGUCGCCGGUGGCUUUGGUGGUGUCUGCGCUGUGGUUGUCGGUCAUCCUUUUGACUUGGUCAAGGUCAGGCUUCAGACUGCUGAGAAGGGGGUGUACUCGAGUGCGAUUGAUGUGGUGAAGAAGAGUGUGGCCAAGGAUGGGUUGAAGAGAGGGUUGUAUGCUGGUGUGAGCGCGCCCUUGGUCGGUGUUACGCCCAUGUUCGCCGUCUCCUUCUGGGGCUACGACCUCGGCAAGAGCAUCGUCCGCUCCACCUCUACCGUCAGCCCAGAUGGCAACCUCUCCAUUGCCCAGAUUUCCGCCGCCGGUUUCUUCUCCGCCAUCCCCAUGACCGCCAUUACCGCCCCCUUUGAGCGCGUCAAGGUCAUCCUCCAGGUUCAGGGUCAGAAGCAGCUCGCCCCCGGGGAGAAGCCAAAGUACAGCGGCGGCAUGGACGUCGUCCGCCAGCUCUACCGCGAGGGCGGUGUCCGCUCCGUCUUCCGCGGUUCCGCCGCCACCCUCGCCCGUGAUGGUCCCGGUUCGGCUGCUUAUUUCGCUGCGUAUGAGUACUGCAAGCGGGCGCUCACCCCCAAGGAUCCCGUGACUGGCGAGGCCAGCGGCAAGUUGAGCUUGACGGCUAUUACCUGCGCUGGUGCCGCUGCUGGUGUGGCCAUGUGGAUUCCUGUCUUCCCUAUCGACACGGUGAAGAGUAGGCUGCAGACUGCGGAGGGCAAUGUCACGAUUGGUGGCGUCGUCAAGGGCCUGUAUGCCAAGGGUGGUUACAAGGCCUUCUUCCCUGGUUUCGGGCCCGCGUUGGCGAGAGCGGUCCCUGCUAAUGCGGCGACCUUUUUGGGCGUAGAGCUGGCGCACCAGGCCAUGAACAAGGUCUUCAACUGAGGAAGUGAUGUAAAGGGGAGGGUAUAGACAGGGAGGAUCUUCUUAUUGGUCUAGGCAUCGUGGGAAGGGAUCUGUAAAAACUGACUUUUGGGUUUUUGUUUAUCAUACCUUGUUUCAGGCGGUACUUUCUGUUCAAAGAGCGGGACAGGGAGUCUUGGGUUUUGCGGCAUGGCAUCUGGCAGAGACAUGUACUGUGAUUUUGUUUUCUUUUCACUUUGUUAGAAUGUCGGAGGAUAGAAAGGGGGUGUGAAUCGCAAGGGCACAAUGACAUAUGAUACGGACCUUUCGUGUUUUGAUAACCAAAACCAUAUAUCAACACAAAGGGUUUGAAUCGUACGCCAUUGUGCCCUCGGGAUUCACACCCCUUUCUAUCCUUCACCCCAAAGUCGUAGGCAAGAAAAUAGAGACUUGUACUGCGAAAUAAGGCCCUUCUGAGAUCCAACAUCCUCGCUUUCACA